AUGGAAGUUUUGUAUGGAACUCGAAAUUUUCUUGAGGAAGUUUUAUAUGCAAAUCUUGAUAUUCUGCAGGAACCAAGCCAUGGCCUCCAAGCUGCUUUUGCAGAGAAGGCUCUUCAGUUUAAACUGCAUUGGUUAUUAUUUUGGUUUAUUGUUACUUGGCAGGACUAUGGAGACUUUAUCGACCUUGAUGGAUUUGACAUAGACUAUGCGAAUGAUGUUUUGACUGUCAAACUUGGGGAGUUGGGCACCUAUGUAUUGAACAAACAAACACCAAACAGACAACUUUGGCUUUCUUCACCAGUGAGUGGUCCGUCUAGGUUUGAUUGGGAUCAGGUUACUAAAGCUUGGAUAUAUAGGCGGAACAAAGCAAAUUUAUACAAAAUCUUAGAAGAUGAGUUGGAGCAGUUGUGUGGCAAACCUAUUGUUCUUUCCUAAGCUGUUGAGAAUGUGGUACUUAAUCUUGAUUUUAAAUGGGAAAUCAUUGGACAUUGUUGAUGAUCCUUUGGCAUUCAGGUGUACUCAGUAAGCAGAUUUUGUUCCUUUGCCACCUUUUACUCUAUAAACUAUACCAGUUCUUUCACAGUCAUGACGUGAUUGUUCUUCUGAAUAAUCAGCUCUAUAUAGAACUCAUGUGGUUGACAUUAGUUUACUCUUCUGAAGAAUUACUGUAGUAAUGGCAUUAUUGUUGGUUACUACUAGUGAGUUAGAGCAAUUCAAAUCGUGAUCUUUACCAAA